CCCUAACUCCUCUCUGUCUUGUGAUGAAUCCCUCAGUGCUUCCGGCUCCACCCGUAGCUUCUCUCCCAUCGACCCCAGCCCCAACUGCAGGUGUGAAACGUCGCAUCGCCGUCGCCGUCAACUUAAGCGAUGAAAGCUAUUACGCUGUUCAAUGGGCUGUUCAGAACUACCUUCGUCCCGGUGACGCCGUCGUACUUCUCCACGUUAGGCCGACCUCCGUCCUUUACGGAGCCGACUGGGGCUCUAUCCAACUUCAAAUCACCCCCAACUCAAAAAAUAAGCACGAAAACGCGCGGACAAUCGAGGAGGAGUUUGACAUUUUCGCCACUGCGAGAGCGAACAAGCUGGCGCAGCCAUUAGUAGAUGCUAACGUUCCCUUUAAAAUCCACAUAGUUAAAGAUCGUGAUAUGAAAGAGAGAUUGUGUUUGGAAGUGGAGAGGUUGAGACUGAGUGCAGUGAUCAUGGGCAGCAGAGGCUUCGGUGGCUCAAGGAGGAGUAACAAUGGAAGGCUAGGAAGCGUUAGUUACUAUUGCGUCAACCACUGUAUUUGUCCGGUUGUAGUUGUCCGCUGCCCAGACGAGCAUGAGAACGGAGUCGGCCGAGCCGAGAGGGUCACGAAAAAGAAGAUUGUUGAGGAAGACGUCGUUGAACUGCAGCCAUUACCGGAAGAAGAACUAGAGUAUCAUGAUGGGGAGGAGGAGCACAAAGUUUAG